AUGCUUGCGUUUUGACUAUUAUUCACUGCCAACUGCUUAUUGCUCCUUGCUUCUUGCUUCUUGCUUCUUGUUUAGUGUCUAGUGUCUAGUGUCUAGUGCUUUAGUCUCCUGCCAGCUGCCAGCUUGACUUCUCCUGUGGACAUUUUUCAUUUAUAUAAAGCUCACCUUGAGAGCGUUGUUCCCAUACUAACUGUUAUUUUGCAGCAAACAUAUUCAAUACAAUACGGUACACUACAAUACAGAUUUUUCAGCAAUUGACGCCAGGCGAACCGCAUAUUUACAGCUCAUGAUGGCACAUGUAGCACAGACAACCGCCAGCUUGCCCGGCUCGUUUGGUGCUGUUUCAACGCCACCCCAGAAUAGCCAACUGCAGCCACUGCAUCUGAGCAUACCGCCGCCGCAAGUGAUCAAGACCUCGAAAGAAUGGAUACUACCUCCAAGACCUAAACCCGGGCGCAAACUAAAAGACCAAAGCAACCAACCAGCCCAUGCCGACUCAUUGUCCUUGUCACCCCCUGGCUCAUGCUCGCUGCUGCAAGCGCAGAAGAAGAAGAAGAAGAAGAAGCCCACGGCACCAACGUCGCACUCUGACUGUUGCACCGCCGCAUCCAACUGUCAUCGGAACAGCAGCAACAGCCUACUUUCAUCCGAUAUCAGCACAAUAUCUUCGCUCUUGAAAAACAUUGCCAUCAUUGAUGGCGAAAACAUGUCCCUCAAGUCCAAUCUACUCUGUUUGAUUCACGAAUAUAAGCAUUUGAAAAACUCGGUGCUAAAUCCGAUAACCACCACCAUUGCAACCACCAGCUCCACUUCCUCCACUGCAUCUCAAACUACAACACCCGUUGCCACUACAGGGCUCACCACCAGCACUAGCAGCAACAGCAAUAGCAACACCACCACCACCAUCAACGCUAGCACCGCGGCAUCAACACUUGAAUCGGGCGAAGUGCAAGCUGUGCAUAAACGAUCCUUCAACGAGGUGCAAAUGAUGUCCUCUGCAGCAGCGGCAGUGCACAAAGUUGAACUUGACCUCGACGAGUCGCAAAUUGACGAGGAACACGAACUCACGCACUUGCUCUCCCCGUUGAACAAAGCCAUCUCGCUUGACUCGUCGGUGAUCUCCACCACGGUGAGCACACCAUGCUUGCAGCCAACCAUUGCUGAGUUUGACGAGUUUAUCAAGAUUGACGAAAUGGAAGACGAGGGGGUUAUGCUUAAGAAGUGCAAGACCAACGAUAGCACGCCUUUAGUUACGCGUCGCCAAUUCAACUAUGAAGGUGAAGUCGAGGAGGAAGAGGAAGAAGAGGAGGAUUCCGACUUGGAUAUCAAUUUCGAGGAAGAGGAAGAGGAAGAGGAGGAAGUUGGUGGCAAGGACUUAUCGCGCACCACGAGCCCAUACUCUUCCGACUACGAUUCGCAUUCGCUAAUGUCGAGCUUGACUCGUCUGACCACAGUGCUGAGCAUCGGCACCACCCAAGAUAAACCCGCAUUUAACCUCAACGCCAACGCCAACGUCAACGCCAACGCCAACCCGUACCCGAGCUGCUAUUCGUCAUCUUCGGCAUCAUCGACUCCCUUGGCCUACCUGGCUCAUAAGCACGCGCCACCAUUCACCCUCAAGAAGAUGGGCACCUAUUUUGAUUUGCCCAAGUACGAGGAGUCGAACGGCUCGUCUCCGUACCGGUUUAAAUUCGACGCUAGUUUUAGCGAAGAUAAGAAGCAUGACGAUGCGUAUAACUACGUAGCGGAUUUCUUAGAGGAGAAGUUGGUUAUGAAUCAUUUGAGCUAUUAUCUGAUUGAGUGCGAUGAUGAGGCGGGCGAUGCUCGCUGUGGGUUAGAGUUGGCGUGA